CAUACUUUAUCAACUAUCAGACUGAAAGAUAACAGGGUUCAACAUUGAAAAUCAACUAAAUCAGUUAGACUUGAGACUGGGAAAAUUUACCUUCUUUAAUAUGGAAGGAAAAGUGCAAAUUUACUUCCUUUUUUUUUAAACGAAAGGAAUAGUAAUGGAGGCUUUUUGGCUUUAAAUUCAUUAGAUAUGUGUAUAAAUAUUCAUCAAUAGGUCAGACAGAAAGGUUAACAGAUAGAAUAUUGAUAUUCAGAGACAAAGAUACACACUUCGAGAUAAAAUAAAUUAUGUAACCGAAUUUGAUGUAAACAACUCUUAUUCUAUUUCAUUACGUUAUACUAUUAAUAUCCGGAAAAAAAUAAUCAUUUUAAAGAUUAAUUUGAGAUUAUGUGACAGUUGCGUUGAGAAUCAAUAUUUUUAGCAAAAGAAUCGUUUAUCAAUGGACGAAGUGACACGAAUACACCUCUCUAUAGUCUUAAAAUGUACUUUACAUUUAUACAGUCGAAAGAAAGAUAAACUUUGAUGAAGUCACAGAUUGAGAGAAUAAUUAGUAAUAUAUUCCAUGUAUUCCGAAUGGAGGGAAGUUAACAUAUACCGAAUAGGGAAAUUAACAUAUUCCGAAAGGAGGAAAAUUAACAUAUUCCGAAUGGAGGAAAUGUAACAUAUUUCAGGAAAAUACACUGUGAGACAUUUUAAAAAGGAAACCUUGUAAUUGUCAUUGCGUUUAAAUAUAAUUUCCUUUGGAACAUGGUGACUCUACUGUUAUUAUAGGAUAGGACUAUGAAUGGAGGAAAAUGCAGUUCCAAAGGAUGUAUAGCACUUUAAGAUAAGAAAAUAUCUUAAACAUUUUAACUAACAAACUUCCAUACGCCGUUACAGAAUAUUCACACGAGUGUUCUGUUUUUGGCGCUUCAAAACUCUAAUGAAGGAUAAUUUAUGUAAUUCUUAUUGGGUAAAAGAUAAAUCUCAAUUCAUCGAAUCGUCUAAAACAAUUAUUUACAUUAACGAUUUUUCUCCUUCUUAUUUGGAAAAAAAAGGAAUAACUGUUCUAAGACAUCUGCAGAUAUGGAUGAAAUAUAAUAGUUGUGAUAUAAAUAUGUAUGAAACAAUUAACGAAAAGGAUUAGGAUUUAUGUUGACGACAGCGAUACUCCGAAAAUAUAUUAUGCGUGGAAUGAGCCUCAGAACUUUGAGAUCGAAAUCUUUGCUGGCAUUUGUCACAGUUAGCGUCAUCAUUCUGUUAACGUUUUAUUCUUUUCAUAGCGGGCAAAUAGACAUUUAUAAACAUAUAAAGCAAAGGCGAUACGAGGGAGUUCAAGAUUUGGUUCAUGGAGUUCAAGAUUUUGUACAAUCUAAUAAAACGGUCAUAAUAACGAGAAAUUUGAAAGAGGAGAAAAAGGAAAACGUAAAGUCGUCUGCUGUAAAUUUAACAAAUAAUUCCAAUCAAUUAAAUGUUCAUUCAAAAGAUGAACGGGUGAGACCAAACAAUUUGAGAGGUUAUUUUGAUAAGGUUAAAGCAAGGUACGAUACUGGUCCAGAUAACAAAGCGGACAAAUUGGUCGUAUCAGUCGGUGUUGAUAAUAAUGCAAUAACUGGUGACAAUGUUGAUAACUUCGACAUUAAACAAAGUUCAAAGGUCAAGUUAUUGAUAAACAGUUCAAUCGAGGGGAGGAACAAUUUUACUGAUAAAAGUAAAUGGUCACGUUUUAAUCACGUUUCAAUCAAAACUACACGAGACUAUUCAGUAACACCAAUAUUGAAGAAUACAGGUGACCAUAUUUCAACUCUUACCAAUGCUGAUCUCAUAAAUAACAGAAAUACAAGCCGAAUAGUAAAACAAAAUCAGAAAGUGGAAAGAUAUUUUCUAAAGAAUAAUAAGUUAAAAGAAAAAUCAAAUAAAUUUUCGGAAAAAGGUUACGGCAUGCCAUUUAUGAAUGCUAUGCUAAGAGAUACAGAUGAUGUCGUGGAAAAUCAAAAACGGGUUAUGGCAGGAAAGAGAAGAAAACCUGUAGUUAGGUUCCCAUAUAGGGAUUCUAUAGGACGACAAAAUUUAAUUGAUCGUUCAUUUGGAAUGCAGAAUAAAUAUGAAGAAAUAAAAAAGACAAUUUAUAAAUCAAAAUUGUCAAUUAACACAACAUUACAAACUGAGAACGAUGUUAUAAAUGAAUCUUUGCCUGUGCGAAAUGAAUCGUGCAGCAGAUGCUUUAAAAACGACUUCGAUAUCUUGUUGAAUCAAAACGAUCAUUGCAGUGAAACAAUGAAAAUCGAUAUUUUGAUCCUUAUUUCAAGUUCGCCAGGGGAUUUUAACAAACGGAGAGCAAUACGAGAAACAUGGGGGUCUAACUGUAAUAACGAAAACUCUUCAAUGAAGCUCUUAUUUGUGAUCGGCAAUACUCGUCAGAUUCCGGACAAAAUUCGUCAAUCUCCGACAAUUCCCGGUGAAUAUAAUGUAACUUCAAACCAUUCUGAAAAUGAAUUUUCUAAAGUGAGGAUGCAGAAAGAAAGUAUCAUAUUUAAAGACAUUGUGCAGAUUGAUUUUGUUGAUUCAUAUGGGAAUUUAACGUAUAAAACUUUAUCCGCAAUUUCAUGGGCCGUCAAAUUUUGUUCGAAAGCAAAAUACAUCAUGAAAACUGACACAGAUAUGUUUGUGAAUACAGAGAUACUUCCCUUUUUGAUAAAAUAUGCACCGAAAAAAAAAUUCGUCGGUGGAUAUUGCUGGGGACCAUCUUCUCCUAACAGGGAUCUUCUUUCAAAAUGGUUUGUUUCGCACAACAGUUACCGUAAAACCCAUUUUCCGCCUAUGUGUUCUGGUACAGGUUAUAUAAUGAGUACUGAUGUCGCUAGCUCUAUAUUGCGUAAGGCGAACAAUAUUCCAUUUUUUCACUUAGAGGAUGUUUAUAUUGCAUUGUGCUUGAAAACAUUGAAUAUCGAACCCUUUAAUUUAUUCGGGUUCAGUAACAUGCGUCCAGAGUUUGAUGCAUGUUAUUACAAGAAUCAUGUAGUGACAUCGCAUUAUAUGACACCUGAAAACUUGUACGAAUUCUGGCAACCAAUCAAAUCCUGUAGUUUUUCGGUUUUGCCAGAGAAUGUUUACAGAGUAGUGCCGUUUCCGUUUGUUUCAUGAUUGCAAACAUCGUCAUUUUUUCCCCGAGAAAUCCUGCAAUAUUGUCAUUUUGAGACUAUUUAGAAAUUGCACCAUUGAUAUAAAAUUAAACAUGUUAUUUCGAAUAAUACAAGUUCAGGAGUCCAAGGGAAUAUUCUAAGUAAUUUCAACGUUCGUACUUAAAAUGAAAAUAACGUAACAUGGUUCUAUAUAAGCAGUUGUUAAUCAAUCACAACCUUUUGGUACACGCUUUUGAAAAUAUUACCCAAAAUGCAUCAGAUCAUCUGAACUGGCGUAUUUGUCGUGAGAAAAGUGCGAAAAUGGUGUUUGUCUUCUUACACUCGUCAUUGUCAACUGCUCAGUAAUUGGAAUUAUACAUGAACAUGGUUUAGCUGUUUCAGAAUAGUUUGACUAGCUGUUAACAGUUAACAGCCUAAUGAUAGACAUUAAGAAUAAUACAGAAUAAGAUUGCAAAACAAUGCCGGCACUAAACUAUGUUACUGGGAAAUUUUGACUACUAUGCCAAAUUGUACUUUUAAACCAUUUUUUAAAAUUGUAAACAGAUUGAUCUUAAGGUGGUACCCAACACCUUGACUAAUAUCAAUUUGGCUCGUUUAAUUUUCAUAAAAUUUGGACAAAAUGUUUACUUUGACCCUUUGACAAAAAUAUAAAAAUUUCAAAAAAUUUGAACCAACCACUUUAUCAGAAAAAUUUCAUUGGUUAUAUAACAGUUCGACAAACAAUAAUUUUGAUCAUUGAGAAGCUUAAUAUUUCCUUAACAAUACAACGUAAUUAAAACGUUUAGCUGAUUUUUACAGAGUUAUCUCCCUGUAGUGUUAGGUACCACCUUAAAACUUUUAACUCUGAAAGUAGAGAGGAGAAAAUCCAAAUAAUAUUUCAAAGUAAAAUUGAGAAUGGAAAUGGGGAAUGUGUCAAAGAGACAACAACCCGACCAUAGAACAGACAACAGCAGAAGGUCACCAACAGGUCUUCAAUGCAGCGAGAAACUCCCGCACCCGGGCGUCCUUCAGCUGGCCCCUAAACAAAAAUAUAUACUAGUUCAGUGAUAAUGAACGCCAUACUAAACUCCAAAUUGUACACAAGAAACUAAAAUUAAAAAUAAUACAAGACUGACAAAGGCUAGAGGCUCCUGACUUGGGACAGGCGCAAAAAUGAGGCGGGGUUAAACAUGUUUAUGAGAUCUCAACCCUCCCCCUAUACCUCUAGCCAAUGUAGAAAAGUAGAAUAGAAAAGGGAAAUGGGGAAUGUGUUAAAGAGACAACACCCUGACCAAAGAGUAGAAAACAGCCCAAAGCCACCAAUAAGUCUUCAACGCAGUGAGAAAAUUCUACACCCGGAGGCGGGCUUCAGCUGGCCCCUUAACAAUAAUGUAUACUAGUUCAGCUAAAUGGACACCACACUAAACACCGAAACAUACAAAUGAACCAAAAUAAAAAAUAAAACACAACGCGUGUCAUGUCAUACAAAUGCUAGAGGUUCCUGACAUGGGACAGGCGCAUAAAUGCGGCGGGGUUUAACAUGUUGUGUGAGAUCUCAACACAAUCCCUAUACAUGUACCUCUAGUCAAUGUGAUAUAAACGCACAUAGCAAAACACAAGUAAAACUAAGUUCAAAAGAAGUCCGUCUGCCAUUUGCCCCCUGCUCACCACGGAGAGGUGGAAGUGGGAUUUCGAGCAGGAUAAGUUUGUUGUAAAAGUUUCUAAAACAUAUACAUCACACGUAAUUUGUUUCAAUAGAAUAGCAACAGUUUGACGUCAAAAGUACAUUUGAAUAUUUUCUUUAUGACAUUUAUAAAAACGUAAAUGUUAUAAUAACCUUAGUAACGGUAAUUAUCUAAAAUGUUUCAGAUUUUACAAGUUCAAAUUAAAUUUGCUCAAUUAAAUGAAAAAUUUAUAAUUGGAGCAAAUAAAAACUUUGUUUCUCCGGGGGAGUCAUGUGAAUGUGACAGAGUGUUUUUAAAUAAAGCAUAUUGUGUUGCAAUAAA